UAAAAUCCUUAGUUUUUCUUCAGCUUCAUCAUCCACACUUCUCUCUGCGAUCUAAUCAUGGACGGACGCCUGGACACCAGAUCCACACUGACGAAUAACAAGGAGCUGAGAAUCGUCCUGGUGGGAAAGACUGGAAUUGGGAAGAGUGCAACUGGAAACACCAUCCUGGGUCAAAAGUCCUUUGAGUCCAAAUGCCGUCCCAUGUCUCUCACUGUAGACUGUGCAAAAGGAAGAACUGAAGUGGACGGACAAAAGAUUGCUGUUAUCGACACUCCAGGUCUGUUUGACACCAGGUUUGAUGAGGAGCGGACAAAAAAGGAUCUGGGUCAGUGCAUCUCCUUUUCUUCUCCUGGACCCCACAUCUUCCUGGUGGUCAUCUCUCUGAGCAGGUUCACUGAUGAAGAAAAGAAAACGGUGCAAAUGAUUCAAGAAAUCUUUGGUGAUGCUGCAGACAAAUACAGCAUGGUCCUCUUCACUCACGGAGACAACCUUGAAGACACCACUAUUGAAGAAUACAUGGAAAACUGUCCAGAUCUACAGGAACUCGUGUCCAGAUGCAACGGUCAGUAUCACGUCUUCAAUAAUAAACUAAUGGACAAGAAGCCUCAGGUCAUCGAGCUGCUGCAGAAGAUCAGAAACAUAGUUCAGAAGAACGGAGGAAGCCACUACACCAGCGAGAUGUUCCAGGAGGCUGAGAGGCAGAUUGAAGAGGAGAAACAACGUAUCCUAAUGGAGCAGGAGGAGCGAAUACGCAGAGAGAGAGAAGAAUUAGAGAGAACAAUAAAGGAAGAGUAUGAAAAGGAGAAGCAGAAAAUCAAUGAACAACUCCUGGCUGAGAAAGAGAAGACUGAGAAGUUGAAAAUGUUAAACGAACAGAGAGAGAGAGAACUCAGAGAGCAAACGGAAAGGCUGAUUGCUCAGAAAAGCGAAGAAGCUAGAAGGGAAGCGGAGCGUCGUCGUGCCCCAAAACGCUGUUGCAUUCUGUAGUCAGCUCCAUUUCAGAUCAUUUCACAGACCUUCCUUUCUGUUGUGUGGUUAGGGUUAGGGUGGUUCUGUUUCAUUCUGACUUCAUCAGCUGAUUCCUGUUGUUACACUCUGUUUUUCUUUAGUCAGACCUGAGUCUUUCUGUGAUUUCUGAACUUGUUGUUGUUUAUUGACCUCUGUAAUGCUGUCAAGCUAAAUCAUCUAGAAAAUCAGUUAAACAUUAACGGAGCUGCGACCCCCGGAGAUUAUUCCUGUUGUUAAAAUCUGUCACCUGCCCUAAAUUGAAACAAAUAAAGUCACACAGAACUACUUGGAUUUAUC